AUGGAAAUGUACAAAGACGAUUUCAAGUUCCCUCCACAGGGUAGCAACCGCCUUCGCAUCAUCGUCGUCGGAGCGGGCAUUGCUGGCCUGAGCGCAGCACUAGUUGCACCUAACGCAGCGCGCAUCCUCGGUCGAUUUGGCGUCCUCCGGGAAGUUGUUGAAAAGGCGAACGUGCUCGAUAGGAACUCUCUGCGGCGUUAUGCGAACGAUGAGGAGCUUGGAACCGCGCCGUUGAUGCCAGAGAUUGGACUCACGUGUCGUCUCUGCGCCUUGAACUCGCACGCAGCUCUGCCCUCGUGGGUGGAGAAUCGGACCGUACUUAUGGGGGACGCCUGCCAUUCCAUGCUACCAUACGUGGCCCAAGGCGCGGCGCAAGCCAUCGAAGAUGCAGGUGUUUUGGCAUGUGUACUAUCGCUGGGUGGAGACGAGGUCGAUAUUCCCACGAUUUUGAAGGUGUAUGAGCGAGUGCGCAAGGAUCGUGCGGAGAAAUUUCAGAACGGCGCGGCUGAGACUCGUCUGGCGCUGCACUUGCCCGAAGGCGAGAAACAGAGAGAACGUGAUGAAGCUAUGAAAUCUGUAGACAAAAGUCCAGACCUCUUGGCCGAUCAGGAAUGGCAGGCAUUCAUGUGCGGUGAGGAUGAAUCCUCCUUGGCUUCCAUUUUAUGA